UUCCCUCAAAUAAAUUCAUAAGACUACCCCUUGGCUCAUAAUAAAUUGCUCAUUAAAAUUUUACUAGACAAAGAUUACACAUAUGUUAGUUGUAGUGCGGCCAAAAUUAUUUAUAUGUUGAAUUUAGAUACAUUUGUGAAAGAAGUAUCUUAGCUUUCCCAUGAUAUGGCGAAGCCAGUGUACUCUCUCAUUGCUGACUCGCCACUAUCGGACCCUUUUCAGAACUUGCGCUAGAUGUUUAGAUUUGGACGUUGGAAAGAAGCUCCACGCUUCCUUCGUCACCACAGGUCUCGUAACUUCUCAAAAUACAUUUCUCCGUAAUGCUAUUCUGCACAUGUAUGCGGCGUGCGGGUCUGUUCGCUCUGCACGCAACCUGUUCGAUGAAAUUCCUCUUUCAUACAAAGACACUGUCGACUGGACAACAUUGAUGGGAUGCUAUGCACGCGGGGGUUUACCCCUUGAUGCCCUCAACUUGUUUGUUGAUAUGAGGAGGAGCGAUGUUUUGAUUGAUGAAUAUACUAUGGUGGUUGUAUUCCUUGCAAGCGCGAAGUUGGGGUGUGAACAAUUUGGCGUUCAGGGACAUGGUUGUAUGGUAAAAAUGGGGUUUAGUUCGAGUAUUAAAGCGUGUAAUGCUGUAAUGGAUAUGUAUGUGAAGUGUGGGUUAAUUGGUAAAACAAGAAAGAUUUUUAAUGAGAUGGGAGAAAAGAGUAUUGUUUCGUGGACUGUGGUUUUGGAGGGAGUGGUGAAGUGGGAAGGUUUUGAAAAUGGGAGGUUGUUAUUCGAUCAGAUGCCUGAGAGAAAUGAAGUAGCUUGGACAAUAAUGAUUGCAGUGUAUAUUGAGAAUGGUUUAACGAAGGAAGCUUUUGGGCUUUUACGUGAAAUGUUGUUUGAAUCUGGAUUUGAGUUGAAUUUUGUGACACUUUGUUCGUGGUUAUCAGCUUGUGCACAGUCAGGGAAUGUUUUGGUGGGUAAAUGGGUACAUGUAUAUGCUCUGAAGAUGAUACAACAUGAAAUAGAUAUAAUGGUGGCAACGGCCUUGAUUAAUAUGUAUGCUAAGUGUGGAAGGAUUGAUGAUGCUUUUCGAGUUUUCCAUGUGAUGCCUCAAAGGAACGUGAUUACGUGGAAUGCCAUGCUAAGCGGACUGGCAAUGCAGGGAAAGGGAGACAUGGUAUUGGAUUUGUUUGAUCAUAUGAUUAGAGAGGUCAAACCGGAUGAUGUAACAUUUACAGCUGUAUUAAGUGCUUGUAGUCACUCAGGUUUGGUUGAUCAAGGUCGGCAUUUUUUCUAUAGCCUUGAAUCGACCUAUGGAAUAAAGCCUUCUAUAGAGCACUAUUCUUGCGUUGUGGAUCUUUUGGGUCGGGCAGGACAUCUUGAAGAAGCAGAGUCCAUAAUCAGGAGAAUGACGAUUCCCCCCAAUGAAGUUGUGUUGGGAUCACUAUUAGGCUCCUGCAGUGUCCAUAAGAACCUCGAGCUGGGAGAGUGCCUAAUGAAAGAGCUGGUCCAAAUGUAUCCUGAUAAUACCGAGUAUCAUGUCUUGCUUUCAAAUAUGUACUCUUUAGCUGGAAAAAAUGACGAGGGAAAUUCUAUUCGAGUAGUUCUUAGAAGCAGAGGUGUCAGAAAAGUGCCUGGCAUGAGUUCUAUUUAUGUUGGUGGUCAAAUCCAUUGCUUUAGUGCAGGGGAUAAAUUGCAUCCGCAAAGUCAAGAGAUAUAUAUGAUGUUGGAUGAGAUGAUUCGAAAAAUAAGAUUGGCUGGUUAUGUACCAGACACAGCCUGCCAAAAGUUUCCAGGAUCUGAUGAUGGAGAGUAUUAUGGUUAUGGCCAGGAGGAGAAGGAACAGUCUUUGUUCUCUCACAGCGAGAAGCUGGCUGUUUGUUUUGGACUCAUAAGCACACAAGCUGGCAUGCCUCUUUACAUUUUCAAGAAUUUAAGGAUAUGCCAAGAUUGCCAUUCAACCAUGAAGAUUGUUUCCAAAGUUUACAAUAGAGAAAUUGUAAUAAGAGAUCGUAAUCGCUUUCACUGUUUCAAGCUAGGUUCAUGCUCUUGUUUUGAUUAUUGGUGAGAAUAGAGGGACAGAUUCAGAAAAUUAAACUACUAAUCCUUCAACUUCCUCUCCGAAUACAGAGAUAUAUGCUGGUCAUAAUGGCUCCACGACUCCUAUAAAAAAUGUCAGUAUUACUGAUGCAAGAGAUGAGUUAGAAUGUAAUGCUGAGUCUAGAGUCACUGGCACAGAGAGGAGGAAUAUUGAGGUCUCCACACCUUCUCUUGAAGAUAACUUGGAACAGAUUGAAGGGAAAUGUGUGCUUCUGCCACUGGUGCUGUAAGAGUACAGUCAAGAAGGAAGACCAAGAUGUUAUUGGCUUGCACAAAUUCGUGCACCAGAGAAAAGUUUGAUCAACAAAGAGGAUAUGUUGCUUCAUUUGUUGAAUGCUACAUAAAAGAAUAUGGUGCUUCAAAGGGGAAGGCAUAGUUGAGAUCUGGAAGAAAGUCAUGAAUGCAUGGAAAGACAGAUAUUGAAUUCUUUUCCCUAUAAAAGUACCACAUUUUGUCCUCGAACAAGCUUUAAAUUUUGCGGGGAUGGUAGAUACAAUUUUCAAAGGUGGUCAUGCGGAUAUGCAUAUCCCAAAUCCAUAUGUAAAAACUCGAUUACUUUGUUGCUUGUUGAAUCCAUCAACAUAUGAAGACAACAAUGCAGAUGCAUGCACCUUUGGCCAAGUAUUUUUGAGCAAAUAUGGAAAGUUUUUUAACUAGCUAUAUGUUGUAACAACCAAAUGUAAUUUGUUUAACAAACAAUUUAUCUUUAUUACUGCUUGAUAAUUUUUGGUUGUUGCUUAUAUUUGACAAGGGCAAUUAAAGUUGUGA